AUGUCUCCACACGCUGUUGAUUCACAGACUUUGGGCCAAAGUGACCCCUGGGAGCUAUCCAAGUUUGCCGUCACAAAAAAUGCCUUCCUGCCUGAGGACAGCCCGCCCAACAUGUUGUCGGAUCCUUACUACGAACCGUGGGAGCUCAUUGCCCAUAACCUAGCAGAGCUCAUCGAGACCCGCCGUAUCCAUGAUGCUAUCAGAGAUCUCCCCGUCCUGUCAACGGACUUGCUCAAGUCUGAAGCUGAGUGGAGGAGAGCCUAUGUUAUCCUGGCCUUUUUCACUCAUGCAUAUGUGUGGGGUGGAGAAAAGGCUGAAGAAAUUCUCCCAGCCUCAGUUGCCGUUCCGUUCCUCAGCGCCUCCGCCCACCUCGAAGUCCCCCCCGUCUUGACCUAUGCUGCCUGCAACCUGUGGAAUUUUAGCUGCUCAGGAGACGACUUCUCCAAGCUGGAAGACCUCAGUACUCUGGUCUCCUUCACUGGAACCGAAUCCGAAGCUUGGUUCCUCCUGGUCAGUGUUGCCAUUGAGGCUACUGCUGCGCCAAUCAUCCAUACCAUGCUUCGCGCUCUUGAGGCUGUCAAGGUUCGCGACUACCAGGUCAUCACCAAGGCUCUGGAAGAGUUAAAAGUUGGUAUUGAGAACACCAGUGCUCUCAUGGAGAGGAUGUAUGAGCGCUGCGACCCCAUGGAGUUCUAUUACCAGAUUAGGCCCUUCCUUGCCGGCAGCAUGAACAUGGAGGAUGCCGGUCUGCCAAACGGUGUCUUUUAUUCUGAAGGAGAUGGCAAAGGAGAAUGGCGAAAGAUUAGGGGUGGAAGCAAUGCACAGAGUUCGCUGAUCCAGUUCUACGAUGCUGUCCUCGGUAUCGAACACAAUGGCCACUCGGAAUCUGAAAAGAGCUUCCACGACGAGGUCCGGGAGUACAUGCCAGGUCCUCACGGCAGAUUCCUUGUGCAUGUAGCCCGUUCGGGCAGCCUCCGCGGAUUGGCCCUCGAGACACCCGUCCGGGAAGAGCAGCACCGCCUCAGGGAGGCCUACACGGCCGCGGUAGAUGCUCUCACCGAGUUCCGGGGCAAGCACGUCAAGCUCGUGACAAGAUACAUCAUCAUUCCCUCCAAGAAGCCAUGGGCCGGAACUACCCGUAGAAAUCUGGCCAGCUCCUCGUCGAAAAAGCGAGGAGAGGGACUGAUGGGUACCGGAGGCACUGAGCUCAUACCGUUUCUACGGCAGGCAAAGGUCGAGACAGAGGUUUCCAAGAUUGAGAAGCCCGAGAAGGCAGAGAGGCCCGAGAAUCCCGAGAAAUCAUGA